CCCGAUGAAGAGGAAAUGACGGGCGCGUUGACGUGGUGACAGUAUCAGCACAGCGCAGCGCAGCUGUGAUCCGAUUGACGCAGAUGGGCGGCCGGCCUGAGAGCAGCGAGGAUACAGUGAGCGACGGUGGUGACAUUCCGAUUGGCCACUCUCCCUCGCUGAGCAGUGACUUCUCGCCGCACGUGCGGGUCAACGUUUAUGACCUGGACGACUUCACCGGCAGGAUCAACCGCAUGGUGCGCGUCUUCAACACAGGUCAGUCAAAGACCACAACAACAGAUCAAUCUGCUCUAGCUUGUAUGCGUGCUGUUUGUAUGUGUGUGUGGCUCUCUCUCCUCUCUCUGUCAGGCGUGUUUCAUGCUGGUGUUGAGGUCUACGGGGUGGAGUGGUACGUGGGAAUGAAAGAAAUGAACACACACAGGGAAAGAACUGGGCAAGUGUUUUGUGUGUUGACCUGCAGGUCGUUCGGUCAGACUGGCGACGACAGCACUGGUGUGACGAGCAACGACCCGCAAGGCCACACCGGACACAUAUACAGAGAAAGCAUCGACAUGGGGUGAGUGAGUGAGACCGGCACACACCGACACAACCAGCCAACCACCCACCACCCACCACCGCUCAUGAGUGCAGCGAUACACGCCUCUCCCCUCGCCAAGUGCUCGACCUGAUCGAGCAGCUCGAAAUAGACUGGCCAGGUCAACAACACAACCCAACAAACAUCCCUCUGUCUGUCUGUCUGUCUGCCUGCCUGCAGGUGACUCGUACAACAUUCUGAAGCGCAACUGCAUCACGUUCUGCGACCAGUUCUGCGAGCUGCUGGGAGUGGGUUCGCUGCCAGAGUGGCUCAAGAGCGCACAGACACAGGGCACACGACUCGGGGAGCGAGUAGAUGCCGCCGUCGAUCGCAUCAAGGUGCGCCGCGCGACAGACGGAGAGAGACGGAGAGAGACGGAGAGAGACGGAGAGAGAGAAAGAGGGAGGGAGGGAGGGAAGAGGAUACACGUGUACCUGUGUGCCUUUGUGUUUGUCGUCCGCUAGUGGAUCGACUCGUCCUUGGGCAUAUCCAAGACGGUUCAGUCGAUGGGACGGGCCAUUAGCAACAAGAACGAGGUGAGGGAAGAGAAUAAGACAAGGUGCGCGCCAUGUUGAUAUGCGUGUGCGUGAAUGAAUGGUCAGGAGUAUGGAGUGACCAGGAAGGUCGAAGAGGCCGCCAGAAAAGUAGGCAGGCACCUGAAGAUCUUGGCCACACGAGAGACAGAAGACAAUAGCAACUUCCUUGUCCUCUCCCUCCCUCCAUUGAACAGGCAGGCAGUGCGAUGUCCUCAUCCCUCGACCGUCUGGCCGUCGCCGUCCAAGAUGCGCUGGCGACCGCUUCUAAACCAUCGUUGCCGUCAUCACCUCGGCGUGUCUACCCGGACCAAGCUGCUGAUGGCCCGCUGGAGCCCCCGCACGUCAGGGCGAUGCGCGACAAGCUCACGGAAGGCACACAUGGGGUGAGUGGGAUGGGCGAAUGCAUUUGUGUACUGUAUGUGCAUUUGUGUGAUUGUGUGUGUGUGGAAGCAGGUGGUGGAGUGGCGGCGGUCGGAUGAUCGGGAGGGUGUCGUGGCGCCGGCGGCGGUGAGCAGCUCCUACGAGAACGGCACACCCGUCCAGCCAUCAGCCGCAGCAGGAGCGGGAGCGGGGGAGCAGAGGCCACAGGUGAGACAGACGUGUGUGUCAGGCAGGCACCACACAGUCAGGAGGGUGUGAGUGAGACUUAGCCAUCCUUUGGCUCUGGGUGUCUGUCUGGGCGUGGGUGUGUGGUGUGUAGGGUGGGCUGUAUCCACCUCUAUCGGACGUUGUGGUCAGGCCAGCAAAGGCAAAGGUACGACGUCAGUCAGGGCAUGUCAGUCACCGUGUGGGGGCGGCGGUUUGUUUGUAUCCUCUCUCUCUGUUUUUUUCUGUGUGGUGGUUUGUCUGCGUGUGCAGCCUGGCGACGAUAGUGAGGGCAUCACGACCUGGAAAUACGACGAGAGGACGUGAUACACGGCAUGCUUCUUUGUCUAGAGACGAAAGAAUGUCUGUGUGUGUGUCGUGUGAGUAUACAAACAUCACAGCGGCAUCGCAUCCAGACGUGUGUGUAGAUCAGACAGAUGUGUGUAUAUCUGACUUUGCUGCUAGUUCCCCUUGCUGCUGUGGAUGCACGUGUGUGUGUGUGUGGGUCUGAGUGGAUGAGAACCUGACUGACUUACGUCGGCGGUCGGCCGCCAAAGGAAGGAGUGAGCCAGCCGUCGGUUGACUGACUGACUAAGUGACUGACUGACUAGUGCUGACAUGACAUCAUGUGUGUCUGUCUGUGUAUGUGUCUCUGUGUCUGUCUGGUGUCUAUCCUAUUAUACAUACUGACUCCUGCGUGCUGUCGUCUGAUGUCAUUGAUCAAAGCAAGCAAGAUAUGCAGC